GCUCGCCCGGCGGCGCGGCUGAGGGUGGUCUGCCAGCGGCGGCUUCCGCGCGCGGGUACGCGAGCGGACGGCUGAGGGCUCGGAGCGGCGGCCGCAGCGCGGCGGCCAAUGAGGGCGGCCGGAGGGGGCGGGGCGUCGGCUGCGGUUUUGUUCCGCGGUGCCUGAGGCGCACCGUCCCCAUGCGCGGAGCGCGGCCUGCGCGGCCGGCGCCCCGCCCCAGGUACGGUGCCGGGCGCUCGCCCGCCGGCUGGAGAGUGCCCCGGGUCGUCGUUCGCAUGCGCCCCGCCACGAACUCCGGCCGCCGGAACGCCGCGUCCUUGCGCUGUCAGCCCGGAGUCUCCGCACGUCGGCCGGCGCCGCGCAGCCGCACGUCGAGAGCCGGGUGCAUCGCCGCAGCGCGCCGAGCCCCUCCGGCCAGCCGGCGCCUCAGCACCUUAAGGUCCCCGCGCGCCCCGGGCCCAGCACCGUCCUCGUGUUCCGUGUCCCCUACGCCCUAAGACCCCAGGGGCCCAACACCUCAGAGACCCCUGGGCCCCAGCUUCCCAGAGCCCCGUGGGCCCCCUGCUCCCCGAUCUCGUCCCGAGUCCCGGGACUCCUCCAAGCUGACCAGGCCCUAAGCACUCCUGUUGUGCGCGCUCCUGCACGCCGGGCGGUAAGGCCUGCCCGCAGCGCCUGGGGCGCGCUGCCACUUGUUGAAUCACUUUCGUGUCGACUUUGAGACCUGUUGUCGCCAUGCUGAGCCCGGGAGCCCGCUGUUUCUGAGACUCAGUGAUUGUUAUUUUGUACUCAGGAAGCAGGAAGUUUGACGAGAUAUGAUGGUCCCUUAAGGGAAUCCCAAGGACAGAUCCUACCCAACGACCUGUGGAAGGUGACUUGGAAGUGUAUUCCGAAGCCACUUUUCUUCGUAGACUGAAGGGUGUGUAAGUCCCUUUAAGACUUCCUGUGAGUUGGAGGAUGGAAUGUGCGAUGUACACAGUGUAUUUUACCGCUCCUGAUUGGCUAUUGCCUUACUUUAGACACAGCACUGAAAAGUCUGGAAAUGGGUCAGCAUCUCUAAAUCAGAGCUCUUACCCUGAGUUUCAGCUCAGACCUGAUGGCUUGAGCCUGCUGAUGUCCAGUGUUUUGGAAAUCCAUAGCCCAUAGAUGUGGACUAAGGAAGAGCCCCGACCAUGGUCACUCUCAUCACGGAGAAGCUGCAGAACCAGAGUUUGGAUGACCUUACCCGCAGGGCCUGUGAGGCUGGCCCGUAUUCUGCUGAGAAACUGAACAAAAGUGGCCAUUUGUUCCCUUUGGAGAUUGGCGUGGACAAAAGUCCCUGGAAGGCCUUACAUGGAGGAUGGCCCAUUGGAAGCCAGGCAGUCUCAGGCCGCUUUCCACUGGGCCCACAUGGUGUGUCUCAGACCGAAGGUCUCAAGUGGCAGCUGGAAUCCCCAGGGCCCAUGGCUGUGGGCAGCUUCUUGGACCUCCAUGAGAGCACAGGGCCACCUGCAGCACCACCAACCAAGAGACACUGCCGGUCCCUGUCUGAACCAGAAGAGCUGGCUCGAUGUCGUUCCCCAUGGCGCCCUGGUAGCUCCAAGGUGUGGACUCCCAUCUCUAAAAGGAGAUGCAACAGUGGUGGGAGUGCUACCCUGCAGUGCUGCAGUGGCUUUGGGAACCCUACCCUGCAGGGAAGUCUAGGUCCGGGCCUACCCAGGAGCCCUGUGUCGCCGCUGACGCCCCGGCCAGCUUCAGCCAGCAGUGGCUUUGUGGACAGCAGUGAGGGCAGUACAAGCUCAGGUCCAUCCUGGCUUUCUACAGGACCCUGCGCAUUUUCCUCCAGGCGCCGACUGUCCCUCUCACAAGAGCACCUUGUAGAUGCAAGCGUUUGCCUGCCUUCAGCCAGCAGCACCCCCACAUCCACACCUGAGCUAGGCCGGCACCAUGGCCUGCUCCGGUGCCGCUCACAGCCUUGUGUAUUGGAUGGGAGGAGGGUCCGGCGCAAGCGGAGACGGGAGGAGGAUGCCAGGUGGACGCGCCCAUCCUUGGACUUUCUGAAAAUGACACGGACUCUGAAAAACUCGAAGAGCCUUUGCUCCCUGGACUAUGAAGAUGAUGAGGACGACACCCAGGCGAAGACUGUUGUGUCCUCCCCGUGUAACUCCCAGGGUCUUGUGGGCAUCAUCACACCUGGCUCUAGCCCAAGGAUUGCCAGGCCUGGCCCCACCAGCCCUAGUGCCUGGGCUUCAGGGGAGCCAGAGGCCGGCACAGGCGAGGGUGGGAGCAGUGGGGACCCCAGUGACUGGGACAGUGCAGGAGAGGAGGGCAUCUUCCCACUGGACCACGGCGACCUAGACCUGGAGCAGAUUGAGAGCAACUGACUUUCGACGAGCAGUGCUUGCUGUUUGUCACCUUGGUGCCUGACCGGUGGAGAUAACUUGUGUGUUAUUUUGAAAAUUGAGGCGUAAUUUUGAUUCAGUUUUUCCUAAAGAAGUAUUUUGCAUUUUUAUGGCUUCUACAGUUCGGGAGAGCUUCUCUAUUUUGAAAUGGGUUUUCAGAGGGCCUUCUAUUAAACGUGAUUCUGCCUAGA